GCGACCUUCAUGAUUACACAUUUUUUGAGCACAAUUUACCCAUCAAAUUAUCAACAAUGGCGACGACUGCGAGCACAAGCGACACACAUGUGGAGGAUAUUGUCGAUGAAACAUCGAAAGAUGAUGCUAUAACAUUUGAUUCUUUGGGCCUUGUUGAUGUGCUGUGUGAAGCCUGUGCUGAACUUAAAUGGAAAUCUCCAACUAAAAUCCAGCGAGAAGCAAUACCUGUGGCUUUACAGGGAAAGGAUGUGAUCGGCUUAGCAGAGACCGGGUCUGGCAAAACAGCUGCAUUUGCCCUUCCAAUACUUCAAGCUCUAUUGGAAACGCCACAGCGGUUAUUUGCUCUGGUGUUGACACCAACAAGAGAGCUAGCCUUCCAGAUUUCUGAGCAGUUUGAAGCACUGGGAAGCAGUAUUGGGGUCACCUGUGCUGUUGUGAUUGGUGGAAUUGAUAUGAUGACACAAGCUUUACAAUUGGCCAAGAAACCGCAUAUUAUCAUAGCUACCCCAGGUCGACUAGUAGACCAUUUGGAAAACACAAAGGGAUUCAACUUGAGAGCAUUGAAAUAUCUGGUAAUGGAUGAAGCUGACCGUAUUUUGAAUAUGGACUUUGAAGAAGAGUUGAACAAAAUCCUCAAAGUCAUCCCAAAACAAAGGAAUACAUACCUCUUCUCAGCCACCAUGACCAAGAAGGUUGCCAAGUUACAGCGUGCAUCACUACGGGAACCAGUAAAAGUUGAAGUUUCCACAAAAUACCAGACAGUGGAAAAGCUCCAGCAGAGCUAUUUAUUUAUACCAGCUAAGUACAAAGACUGCUACUUGGUGUACAUUCUGAAUGAGCUUGCCGGUAACUCAACUCUGAUUUUCUGCAGUACAUGUAACAACACACAGCGAGUAGCUCUCAUGCUUAGAAACCUUGGUCUAAUGGCUAUACCACUGCAUGGACAAAUGAGUCAGUCCAAGCGUCUAGGCAUGCUCAACAAAUUCAAAGGCAAACUUCGAACGAUACUAAUAGCAACUGACGUUGCCAGUAGAGGGCUUGACAUCCCACAUGUAGAUGUGGUCAUCAACUUUGACAUACCAACACACUCUAAGGAUUAUAUUCAUAGAGUUGGACGAACAGCAAGAGCAGGGAGAUCCGGGAAAGCAAUCACGUUUGUUACGCAAUACGAUGUUGAGUUGUAUCAGCGAAUUGAGCAGCUGAUAGGCAAGCAAUUACCACUGUUCAAGACAGAGGAGGAAGAAGUAAUGAUGCUGAUGGAACGUGUCAAUGAAGCCCAGAGAUAUGCCAAGAUUGAAAUGAAAGAAAAAGAAGAUAAGAAAGGAAAAAGGAAAAACCUGGAUGACAGCGAGGAGACAAUAGGCGUUAAGAAGAGAAUGAAAGGGAGAAAGAAAUGAAAAUGACUUUUGUAUAGAAAUAUAUAACCAGCUUUUAUAUAGCCCUUCAUGCCAUAAAUGGGGCUAUACACUUCACGUUAUUAGUAUUAUCCCCUGUCAUUCAAGCACCUAUGAAUACAUACACAUUUUCCUUGGGGAAGAAAUCCACAGUACUUUUAGCUCGUAAUCGGUGCAUUGACGCUUUAUCCUACCAGGUGCUCACUUUUUAUGAUCCCAAGUCGUAUCAACUGCACCAACCAUUCCCACAAAUAUAUUCUAUGAAGCUGCACAAGGAAUACUCGGAUGAUGCCUGGGAAAAAACACUCAGGCGCCACAUAACAAGGAUCACUCCUCAGGAAGUAGAGUACUGUACCUAAUUGCGUAUAAUGCUGGUGCCUGUUUUUACACGUCAACAUGGAUUGCAGAGACAAGAGUGUACCCAUCUGCAGUUUGUUUUAUCGUGUGAUAAUAUGCAAUUAUUAUAUUGUAGUUUUGCAUCAUAAACUGGAGGAAAUUAUAUGCAUGAAAAAAAAUUCCUGAGGUCCAGCAAAGCCUGAAUGCAUUUUUUUUGCAUGCAUUAAUCUAAUUUAAGUACAGUAUAUUAAUUUUCCUAUGUGUAUAGAUAAGCAACAAUACUAAUUGCUUUGUUAGUCAGUUGUCUUCUUUUAGCAUUAGUUUUCUAAAUAUAUUGAAUAAAACUGUUGUAGCAGUCAUUGGUGGGGGUGGAUCUGGGUUGACAUUUAGGGGAGGGGGUGACAUAUUUUCAUAAAAGCCCCAAAAAGAAAUGUGGUUCGGUGCCCGGGUCCUCCGGGAAAAAUUUGGAUUGUUUUUCCCCCCCCCUCUUGAAAACGCUCAGGUAAACUUCCUCAUUCUUUAAUUUGAGAGAUACCUAUUAUUUCUUGAAAACGGCCUUUUGAAACAUCAAGCAACAUUUUCUUUCUUUUUUUUUUUUUGCCUUAAUAAUAUAUCGGGUUAUUAAUUUUAAACAAUAAUAUUUUUAAAAUGCUAUUUUCUUUAUUUUGAAAUGGGAAAUAAACCCCUUUGUUAUAUAAUGAGCAUCCUGAAGCAUAUAUGAUAUAGGCUACAGCAUAAUGAAAGGUACAGCAACUUACGUUUCCGCCCAAUUUGAUACACAGGCAAAGUAGUUAUAAAAUUAAAUCUUGGACCUAUAAAUCACCAAUGUUUAGCUAUUACUGUUAGCAAUUUACAGAUAACAGAUAAAGCUAAGCAGAUGUUUCUUUUAAAUUUUAAAAAUAUAAAUCAAAAUCAAAGCAACACAUGUGAUAGGCCUAUUUUGCUUCUGAUAUCAGUAGGCCAAAGUGUUCUUAAUUCAUUAGAAAGAGCAAACAAUCUACCAUAUGUAUUAUAUUUUAUUUAUUCAUAGUGUUCACUUAACAUAAAUAUAUGAAAUUAA